AUGGACAAUCCAGAGUCCAAGUAUACCAACCAAGAUCCAAAAGAACAGAACCUGACCCUACUCACUAUAUUUUGGGCAUUACUGUGUGUCGAUGAAGCCAUCUAUCUAACUCCCCACUAUGCAGGGAAACGCAUUGUGAAAUCUCACUUGGCCUUUAGUGGAAGCCGGGUUGAGGAUGUUGCCAGCAAGAGGGUUUUUUCGGUGCCUAAGAUGAGGUUUUUUUACGUUGUCACCCACAUUAAGAUUUCUCAAGUGGGCGAGCUAUUCCCUGAGCUCUGGAGAUCUACUGAGGCGGAGCAUGGCUGCGGACUUUGGUUCAAGCAAGGAAGCUUUCAAGGUGAACACCCCGCUCAGCCUGAAUGCAUCAGCCAGGAUUUUGGCUAUAUCAAGAAUGAUUAUGCGGCUUACGCCACAACGAGUCUCACUCCAUGUAUCGAAUAUAUUGACUUUGCACCUCGAGACAAGAAGAACCCUGCACCAACACAUUGUCGCCUCCCCAUUUCAGACCCCACCAUGCUGCAACACCAUCCCAGCCACUUUCAUGCUUCAUGCCCAAUUUCAUGCAUCAGAAAGCUAAUCACUCAACAUCAUACACUCCACACUAUCCAAUGCUAA